CACGGUAACCCGGGGUGGCUCGUCGUGGGGGCACUGGAGACCAUACAAUUGAACCGCUUAUCAUGAGUGGUCAGGCUCGGGGCUGUGUUCAUAGGCUGCCAGCUAUUCGUGAAGGGCAGUAGCAUUAGGCGCAGGUUUGCUCGAUCAAUAAAGCAGGAGCAAACAAAUCUAGUUGUAGCGGAUUGGGGAAUGAAGACGACCCUGGAAGCAGGUAUUGGGCAUGGCAGGUUGCACUUUGGCCAUGUCUAGUUAGAGGAAACCUCGCAUCUUAAGGCGCUCAGGCCUGGUGUAGACACACCCUCAGAUACUAUAAUGGUGGAUGUGAUAUCAGAGUAGAGAGGAAGAGACUCCCUGUCCUCGCAGUAAGCUCUGCUUUGAGUAUAGCUUGUGUUAGCUGAGCUCAGGGUACCUGCUCAGGGCUCGCUCGCUCUUGCAUGGGAUUAAAAGCGUUUGGAAGUUCGCUGCUUGUGUGUCUCAGUGUCUCAAUGCUGCCUUUUCUCCUCUGUUCCAGGGUCGCAAACUCCAUCCGAAGAGUGUUUAUAGCUGAAGUUCCCAUAAUAGCAAUAGACUGGGUCCAAAUAGAUGCCAACUCGUCUGUGCUGCACGACGAGUUCAUUGCGCACAGAUUGGGCCUGAUCCCACUCACCAGCGAUGACAUUGUGGAUAAGCUGCAGUAUUCCAGGGAUUGUACAUGUGAUGAGUUCUGUCCAGAGUGUUCUGUGGAGUUUACCCUGGAUGUCCGGUGUAAUGAAGACCAGACUCGUCACGUGACAUCCCGGGAUCUCAUCUCCAACAACCCCCGGGUUAUACCGGUGACGUCCCGGAGCAGAGACAACGACCCCAAUGACUAUGUGGAGCAGGAUGACAUCCUCAUUGUCAAGUUACGGAAAGGCCAGGAGCUGCGGUUGCGAGCCUAUGCCAAGAAGGGGUUUGGCAAGGAACAUGCCAAGUGGAACCCUACGGCAGGAGUAGCCUUUGAGUACGACCCAGACAAUGCGCUGAGACACACGGUCUACCCCAAGCCGGAAGAAUGGCCCAAGAGCGAAUACUCUGAAAUUGACGAAGACGAGGCCCAGGCGCCGUAUGACCCCAAUGGAAAGCCAGAGCGGUUUUAUUACAACGUGGAGUCCUGCGGCUCCCUGCGGCCGGAGACCAUCGUUCUGUCUGCGCUCUCUGGCUUGAAGAAGAAACUGAGCGACCUGCAGACCCAGCUGAGUCACGAGAUCCAGAGCGACGUCCUGACUAUCAACUGAGCCCUGCCCCUUUCCCCAAGCCCCUCCCGUUGCAGCCAAGUCUCCCCCAUGUACUGCAGGGUUCCUGGCGCUGCCUGGGGCCAGGCCCUGCUCCUUCUGUGCGGAGUCUUCCCAGCACUGAACAGAUGGGGCUGUGAUGUGUAUUGAAACAGCCUCCCGGCCACGCCCCCCUAGCCCAGCAGUCGCUGGUUUUGGGGUGAGGCUUCUGUAGGGCGGUGACAGGCCCAGCUGGCCCCCGCAAGACCUGGCUGUGGUAAUUUUGAUGGCAAUGCAUGGAGGGGAGGGAAUCUGAAUGACCCCAGCUCUUGCUGGCGCGCUCUGCCGGAUGGGGCUGGGAAGGGUCAGUUGCACGACUGUAUCUAGUUUGUUACCAUGUUGAAUAAAGGCCUUUCCCUGUGUUCAGCCAU